AUGCCCGACAUGCCGGCGGUUUUUAUCCCGUCGACGUCUCCCCCUAAAGUCGAUCUCGCCAGCGCCAACUCUCAACUCUUCCAAGUCCCUGCCUCCGCCUCCGCAUCCUCCUCGCUAUACUCCCUCUCCGUGAGUCGCAAGCGCCCACGCCGCGACACCGAAAAGCUCUCAUCCAAAUUCGAUUUUUCAUCGGGAGAUGCCAGCCCUUCCCUGCUCGAGUCUGAAUACCGCAAAACAAGCGGUCGCCAUGACUUCCACACCACUGCUGAUCUUGACUGUCGUCCGAACCGCUAUCGCGAGUCUUUCCUCCCACCAUCGUUGGACGCCAGUAUGGAGACAAUAGAUCAGAACACCCCAGAAAAUAGCCGCAAGCGCAGCCGCCGCGACUCUUGUAUUGCAUCACCGUCAGCGGAUGGUGCUGAUACCCCGACACGACUUGGAUGGGGACGCACGGUGAUUAAGGCAGUCGGCAAAGUACUAGACUUGUGCUGGACUGGCGCAUUCCGCGGAUUCUAUGCUGGGGGUGGUCAAGGUUACGAUAUGCAAACCGGGUCACCAGCACAAUUCACUGCGACCUGGCAUUCUCCUGCUUCCGUGGAGAAAGAUCCGAUCUUUCGAACACCCAUCCCAGGUCAGUAUCCCGAGGAAGACAUCGAGCGAAGCUGGGUGGUUGUCCCCACUGAACCUACCGACCCAUUCAUCGGCGAAAGUAUGGGGAGUCCAUCUCUGAAAGCUCGUCGUGUUCACCCGGCGUCCACUCCCCGUCGGCGACCAGCCGUGAUGCCUCGACUGAACAAGAGAGCGGCUCCAUCUGCUUUACGGCCUUUGACACCUACCAAAGGAGUGGGCUUGGGUCUUCCGUCUCCGCGAUCAAGAGAUGGCCCAGGAUCGGCUGAAGUGCAGAGACAAGCUGCUCGGUUACGCCGCAGAGAGCGUGAAGAAGAUGCUAGUAUCCAGCGCUUAAACAAACAACUACAAGCGAUGAUUCGCGAGGGCAAGGAGGCCCUCGGUACCACGGUCGAAGUGGAUGAUUUUGAGAUGGAUUACGAUUGA